UCGAUAAUUAGGAUUGUGCUGUACAGUGCACUGAUGAGCUUCUAUUGACCAUCGAGAAACUCCCCAGAAUUACACAAAAGAUAAGGUAGACUAAUCUCCAACAAUCAGUCAAUCACAACACCAAAUUGAUCUCCACCACUCAACUUUUCUUGUGAAUCCUAGGCAAGAACUCAAUCCUGUAAUUGCCUCUUAACAGUUUCUAUCUAACGCACCCUACUAUGAAAAUUGUCCUUCAAAAUUUCCGGUAGAAAUGGAAAUUGGACUCCUGAAACUUUUUCCUGCUCUUCUCAUCAUUCUUCAAGCUCUCUCCACAACCCAUAUAUCAAUCCUGCAGGUAGCUGAUGCUGCAAACUCUAAGCUUUUUAGAGAAUAUAUAGGAGCAAAUUUCAAAAAUGUCGCAUUCGAUGAGGUUCCCAUUAACCCAAAUGUUGAAUUUCACUUCAUUCUUUCCUUUGCUAUAGACUACGAUACUUCAUCUCCUCCUUCCCCUACCAAUGGAAAUUUCAAUGUGUUUUGGGAUUCUGGUAAUCUUAGCCCUUCCCAAGUUUCCUCCAUCAAGAAUCAGCAUUCAAAUGUCAGAGUGGCUUUGAGCCUUGGAGGGGAUUCUGUUGGAAAUGAUCCUGCUUUCUUUAAACCAUCCUCUGUGGAAUCUUGGCGAGCUAAUGCUGUGUCUUCCCUCACUCAAAUCAUCAAGAACUAUAAUUUGGAUGGUAUUGAUAUUGAUUAUGAGCACUUCCAAUCUGAUCCUGAUACUUUUGCUGCUUCUGUUGGUGGGCUUAUAGAAACCCUCAAGACAAACAAGGUAAUCUCUUUUGCUUCUAUAGCUCCAUACCCCGAAGUUCAAAGCUAUUACUUGGCAUUAUGGAAGAGUUAUGGAAACCUCAUAGACUAUGUCAAUUUCCAGUUUUAUGCUUAUGAUAAAGGAACCACUGUAUCUCAGUUCUUGGGUUAUUUCGAGACUCAAAGCUCUAAUUAUAAUGGGGGUAAGAUCUUAACGAGCUUUGAGAGUAAUGGGAAUCGUGGCUUAUCACCAGAAAAUGGUUUCUUUACUGCCUGCGAUACGCUUAAGAACCAGCAGAAGCUCCAUGGUAUCUUUGUAUGGUGUGCAGAUGACUCCAAGAAUAAUGGUUUCCAGUACGAAAGGCAAUCUCAAGAACUAUUAGCAGGUAGUCAACUGGUUUAAUCAUUCUCUUUGUGGAAGUCUGUGAAUCUAUAUUUGGGCUGCUAAAACUUUCUACAUAAUGCCCGAUGAGCACGAAUCUAUGCUACUGUAUUUGGAACUGCUUUUCAGAAAAGUACUAUUGUGGAUUCCUUGUUAAAGUGUUGAAGAUGGGAUUUUUCUGGACAUCGGAUCCAGGCCCUUUAUUGGAAGGGACUGUUCCUGUAAUCUGUCAACUUCCUAUAGAUCUUGGAUCUGGGGUUGACAAGUAAAAUUACAAACUAAUUUUUCAUUCA